GCCUCUCCCGCCCGCUCUCUUCUGCUUUCAGUUCUGCCUGCUGGUUCCUGGCUCUCAGGCGUUGCGAUUACAUCCGUAGACAGAGCGUUUUGCUCUUUGGGCACGCUUACACCUAUUUUGUGCUGUCUGGGUCCGUUGAAAUUGUUGAUAUUUGCGCAGCAGAGAGCAACUUCCCCAGCAGAGUUCAAGAAGCGGACUCGACGCCUCUCGUCUGGUUUUGAGCAGGGCAGUGCCAGUGUGCUACACUGCUCUUGACAAAGGUUAUACAGUAUUUUUCUGUCAGCUCAGCUGUGGAGAUGGUGACCUCGGGCUGCAAAAACCUCUGACAUCACUGCCUCAUGCUAAAGAGGAUGCCUGUCUAUGCUUGUGAAGUGUGAAACACCUACUAGGUGACUCAGCCAUUAUAUGUAUGAGAUUUGUCCACACACUGGCUCUUCAGACAGGUCUUCCAUAUCUCAAGUUGAGAAGUUCCGUAUCACACUAAACAUGGAGAAAGAAGAAAAGAAGUUUGUCAAUAAAGCAGAGGAGGAUGAGAUGGAGAUUUAUGGUUAUGAUCUGUGCCGUUGGAAGCUGGUGCUAGUUACUGUGGGAGUGAUCUGUUCUGGUGGCUUUCUUCUCCUCCUCCUCUACUGGAUGCCUAAAUGGCGUGUGAAAGCAACAUGCAAAAGGACUAUGCUUAAAGACUGUGAAGUGGUUCUGCUGAGGACAACUGAUGAAUUCAAGAUAUGGUUUUGUGCAAAGGUUCGCAUUAUGCCUUCUUUGGGAACCAAUCCUUUACAGAGUCCUAAACCUAUAGUACACAAGGUUUCAAAUGGCCAUGCUGUUCACAUCUGUGAAACUUCUGCAGAAGAGAAUAAAAAUGAUUUGAAAAAAUAUUUACCCAUUCGUUAUUUCACACAUCACAGCGUGAAAUAUGUCUGGAAUGAUUCAGCUCAAAGUUUUGAUAUUGUACGAGGACUGGAUGAAUCUACAUUCUGUUCUUCAAUUCAUAACGAACACAGCGCAGGACUGACAAAGGCGAUGCAUGAUUACAGAAAAAUAUUUUAUGGAGUAAAUGAAAUUGCUGUGAAAGUGCCUUCCAUUUUUAAGCUUCUGAUUAAGGAGGUUCUCAACCCUUUUUACAUUUUUCAGUUGUUCAGUGUGAUAUUGUGGGUCACUGAUGAAUAUCACUACUAUGCAUUAGCAAUUGUGAUUAUGUCUGUAAUAUCCAUUGUUAGCUCACUCUACACCAUUAGAAAGCAAUAUGUUAUGUUACAUGAUAUGGUAGCAGCUCACAGCAUUGUCAGAGUUUCUGUCUGCAGAGGAAACCAAGAAACAGAAGAAAUCCUUUCCACCGACCUUGUGCCUGGAGAUAUCAUGUUGAUUCCAUCUAACGGGACAAUUAUGCCCUGCGAUGCAGUGCUUCUCAGUGGUACUUGCAUUGUAAAUGAAAGUAUGUUAACAGGUGAAAGCGUUCCUGUCACAAAGAUUAAUCUGCCAAAUCCUUCAGAAGAUCCAAAAGCAAUGGGAGAUGAAAUAUACAGUCCAGAAGUGCAUAAACGGCAUACUUUGUUCUGUGGAACCAAUGUAAUUCAAACCCGCUUUUAUACUGGAGAAUUAGUCAAAGCUCUCGUAGUGAGAACAGGCUUUAGCACUGCUAAAGGACAACUUGUUCGUUCCAUACUGUAUCCAAAGCCAACUGAUUUUAAGCUCUAUAGAGAUGCCUACUUAUUUCUCCUGUCUCUGGUAGUGGUGGCAGGCAUUGGCUUUCUUUACACAGUUGUCAAUAGCAUCUUAAACGAGGUUCCAGCUCAUACCAUCAUCAUCGAGUCUCUCGACAUUAUCACUAUCACAGUGCCUCCAGCACUCCCUGCUGCCAUGACCGCCGGCAUUGUUUAUGCGCAGAAACGGUUGAAAAAAAUUGGCAUCUUCUGCAUCAGCCCACAAAGGAUAAAUAUUUGUGGCCAGCUGAAUCUUGUGUGCUUUGAUAAGACUGGCACGCUUACUGAGGAUGGCUUAGAUCUUUGGGGAAUUCAACGGGUGGAGUGUGCUCGUUUCCUUUUACCGGAAGAGAGGGCUUGCAGUGAGAGCUUGCUGAAGUCUGAGUUUGUUGCUUGCAUGGCAACUUGUCAUUCCCUUACAAAAAUUGAAGGGGUACUUUCUGGGGACCCGCUUGAUUUGAAGAUGUUUGAAGCAAUAGGAUGGAUUUUAGAAGAAGCAACCGAAGAAGAAACAGCGCUUCAUAAUCGAAUCAUGCCAACAGUGGUUCGUCCUUCAAAACAGCCUUUUCCAGAAUCCAAGCAGGCAACAGAUCAAGAAAUGGAAUUAUUUGAGCUUUCGACCAGCUAUGAGAUUGGAAUUGUGCGCCAGUUUCCAUUUUCUUCAGUUUUACAACGUAUGUGUGUAAUAGCCAGAGUUCUGGGGGAGAAGAGAAUGGAUGCUUACAUGAAGGGUGCGCCUGAGGUGAUUGCCAGUUUGUGUAAGCAGGAAACAGUUCCUAUUGACUUUGAGAGUGUCCUGGAAGAAUACACUAAGCAGGGCUUCCGAGUUAUUGCUCUUGCUCACAGAAAAUUGGAGUCUAAGCUUACAUGGCACAAAGUCCAGACUAUUAAUAGAGACGCUAUUGAAAGCAACAUGGAUUUUAUGGGGUUAAUUAUAAUGCAAAACAAGCUGAAGCAAGAAACCCCUGCUGUACUUGAAGAUUUGCAUAAAGCCAACAUUCGCACUGUCAUGGUUACAGGGGAUAACAUGUUAACUGCUAUCUCUGUGGCCAGAGACUGUGGAAUGAUUCUACCUCAGGAUAAGGUCAUUAUUGCUGAAGCACUACCUCCAAAGGAUGGGCAGGCUGCCAGGAUCAACUGGCAUUAUGCAGAUACCCUCGCAAAAUGCACUAGUUCAUCACCAGCCAUAAACUCAGAGGAUAUUCCGAUUAAAUUGGUUCAUGAAAGCCUUGAGGAUCUCCAGAUGACCAAAUACCAUUUUGCAAUGAAUGGAAAGUCAUUUGCAGUGAUUUUGGAGCAUUUCCAGGACCUGGUACCCAAGCUUGUGUUACAUGGCACUGUGUUUGCUCGCAUGGCACCUGAUCAGAAAACUCAGCUGGUGGAAGCUUUACAAAAUGUAGAUUACUAUGUGGGCAUGUGUGGAGAUGGUGCAAAUGAUUGUGGAGCACUAAAGAGGGCACAUGGUGGCAUAUCUUUGUCUGAACUUGAGGCUUCUGUGGCAUCGCCAUUCACUUCCAGAACACCUAGUAUUUCCUGCGUGCCAAAGCUGAUCAGGGAAGGCCGUGCUGCUUUAAUAACUUCCUUCUGUGUUUUUAAGUUCAUGGCAUUAUACAGCAUUAUCCAGUACAUCAGUGUUACGCUGCUGUAUUCUAUCCUGAGCAAUCUGGGAGACUUCCAGUUUCUCUUCAUUGAUUUGGCAAUCAUUUUGGUGGUUGUCUUCACUAUGAGUUUGAACCCUGCUUGGAAGGAACUUGUUGCGCAAAGGCCUCCAUCAGGUCUUAUCUCAGGUCCACUUUUGUGUUCCGUUUUGUCUCAGAUCAUCAUCUGCUUUGCUUUCCAAAUCCUUGGGUUUUUUUGGGUCAGACAACAGUCUUGGUAUGAGCAUUGGACAACAGAAUCUGCUGUGUGUCAUUUAUUGGAUGCCACAAGCACCAGCUCUGCCCACUAUGAGAACGAGACUCUCCAUGAUGAACAUAACAUUAAAAAUUAUGAAAACACGACUUUGUUUUUUAUCUCCAGCUUUCAGUACCUCAUAGUGGCAAUUGUCUUUUCUAAAGGAAAGCCCUUUAGACAACCAUGCUACAAAAAUUUUCUGUUUGUUAUAUCUGUGAUAGUUCUUUAUGUCUUCAUAUUUUUCAUCAUGUUGCAUCCAGUUGAAUCUAUUGACACGUUUCUUGAGCUCGUGUGUGUGCCAUAUGAGUGGCGUCUAAGAAUUCUCAUCAUUGUUGUUGUCAAUGCAAUUGUAUCCGUGUUGGUGGAGAAUGUCCUCCUUGAUAUGAUCCUUUGGAAGGUUGUGUUCAAUCGAGACAAACAAGGAGAAUAUCGCCUCACCAUACCCCAGCCGCCUCAGGAGGCUGUGGAUCGCUGGGGAGUUUGUUUCCUUUCUUCGCUGUUCGGUUGUAGAGAGAAGACACCAAAAGCCAAGUAUAUGCAUCUAGCUCAGGAACUGCUGGUUGACCCAGAAUGGCCACCGAAACCCAGAACAACAACAGAAGCUAAAGCACCAUCUCAAGAAAAUGGCUCAUAUCAAAUCAUCACAGUCACGUAACAGUGGAUCUUGGUCGCAUGCAUCUUUAGUAGAGUUCAGAAGAAUGUAAUUUUCAGGCUUUAUUUAAAAUUACAGUAUACUAAAUGUCAAAUUCUGAUACAGAUACUUCCAACUGUUUUUGUCUCUCUGAAUACAGAGUUCAGAGCCAGACAUAUUAUGGCUGUACGUUUUUAAAAUGUAGGUUAGCUUAGGCAGAACAAAACUGGUCAUCUUUUCUUCCACCUCCUUCUAACUUAAAAGUAUCACUACUCCAAAAUGAGAUGUAUUUGAAGUUUUAAACUGCAGGGCAGUUAAACAGGUUCACCUGAUUUGCCUGGAAUAUCUUAAUCAUUGUUCUGGCCUGUUUACCAGGGCACAUAUUAAUGUAAGCUCUAUGAUGUAGUGCUUUCAUGGUAGUACUAGAGGCACAUAAUGACUUUUCAUGUUGGUUUUUUUGACUGUUUUCUUGUGUGCGUGGUGGGUUUUUUUUCUUUUUUUUUAAUUUUCACUGUUGAAAAGCUUUGUGCCUCAGAAUGGUUCUAAAGUUUUGAUGAGUGUACCUUUUUUUUUUUUUUUUUGUCCCUACUAGUAAGGAGUGUUUCUAGGUAUAAAAGUUUGAGUUUUAAAUUUAGUUCCUUAGUCUGCCACAGCGGGAAUUGGGAACACUAUAGAAACAAUAUGCUCUGUCCCUAAGCAGAAAAUGCGUUCUUCUCAAGUGGGUUCUUAGCAUCUCUUCUAGCUAACCCUGAAAAAGUGAAGACAAACUCCAGUAAAGGAAGCAUUAGACUACACCUUUUUGUUUUUGGAGAAGAAAGGCUGGAGAGCCUAGCAUUUUCUUCUCCAUCUCACUUUUAUUAUAUUUAACUAGACAUAUCUCCACAGACCUUACUUUUUUUUCAACAGAAGGACCAGGUUUUAUUUUCAGAUCUUAAGAGAAUUGUAUUAUAUGCCUUGAAUUAGUAAGGCCAAAGUUACUGCUGCAAGGAGAGGGUGGGGGAAAAUAUGUUCGCAAGCCCACACUUGGGACUUUUGCAUGAUAAAGAACGCAUGCAUUUCAAUGAGUCUGCCAAUAUCUUAAGCUCUAUAUGUAGCUGUAUGAAGCAAAAUUAAGAGAAAAUAGAUGAGGAGCUAAAAAUAAACUAAGGCUUAUCUGUUUUUUUUUUUUAAAACUUACAUCACCAGCAAUGCUGCUUCAGUGCUUAGGGUAGCAAUGCACGACUUUGCCAUUAGGUGGUAUCAAAGAAAAACCAAGAUCUCCAGAAAAAAGCUCAACAAAGACGUAGGGGCAGGCGUCGUCUUCACAAGCAGAGCUUAAAGAAAAAGGUUUUUUAGUCAAUGGGAAAAAAAACGUCCAGCUACUUAUCUUCAAACCAUCUCCCUCUUGCUGAACUUCCGAAAGACUUUGUCUUUAGGCAGUUAGCAAAAAUAUUGGCUUUUGAUCUGUCUUUUUUUAACGAGGUGAAACUGAUUUGUACACCUCUAAACUUUGAGAAGUGGAACUAAGAUCCAGAGCUGACCUUUAGAGAACUCGUAUAAAGAGUGGAGGGAGGGCCCCAAACUGGCUUGAGAUUUUUGAUGUGUGUGUGUAUUCCGAUGACAGAAUUUGAAAUGAUGGGCUCUUUUCGUUUGUUUUUAUUUUUCAAAUUCCUUUGGAGACUAUUCCAUUCCAGAAUUGUUUUAGUGAGUGAAAUUUUUCCAGGUCAGGCCUAAUUUCCUUGUGCUUUUCUGUAAGGCAGUGUGUGGCAGUAUCCCCCACUGUUCAUUUUAGGAUUUUUGCAGUGUUGAACUUACUGUGCCAAUGGUGAAUUUAAAAGUGGUGCUAAAUGGUUUGGAAGAUGUUUUUCUAGAACUUGAGGGUUAGUAGAUAAUAACAUUUGCUCCUCAGAAAUAGUAUGCUUAUGGUAGACUAUCCUCCAGUCCAGCUGUCAGCUCUUUUCCUGAUUUUUUUUUUUAAACUCUUUUUUUGGGGUGGGAGGGGAUGGAGCGGAGGAAGGAAGAAAGUUAUGUUACUAGCAGUCAUUCAGCAGAGCAGUGUAAAAGUCUACUUAACCUGCUUUCUUCUGGUCAUGAAUAUCAGUUGAAACUGGUAGCUUUUAAAGGAUCUGAAAUUGUGGACUAGGUUGAAUUUGCUAAUCAUGAACUUGAGUCAGUUGGCUAAUUUCUACCAAUGUUGAUUUCAUACAGCUUUGUAGCAUGGAAUAACUGAUGAAGAAUAAUUCUUAGAUGAGUAAGUAGUAUUCCAAAAUCUAAAGAAAAAUUAUAUUGAAAAAUGUUGUGAAGCUAUGCAUCUUGGACCUAGGAGCUGUGACUUAUCCUUAAACAAAUAAGCUUUGUUUUCCAUUUCAUUGAUCAUUUUAGCUUGUUGGUUGCAUCAGAAGUGAAAGGAAAAAAUGUUUGCCUUUUUCUCUUAUGUGCUUUUGCUUGGUACUUUCUCGCUAAACUGCUAAUUUCUCUCUGCAUAUUUGGGUUCUGAAGCUAGUCUUUCAAUCAUAUUAUUCUACUAUAUUGGAUUCAUCUAGAAAGUGAGGAGGAAACCACUUAUUAAGGUGGACUUUCAGAGAACACUUUAUGGAAUUUUUCUUACUAAAACUGAAAUAGCCCAGUGUCUCCAUUUGUUGAAAUUGAUGAUUAAUGGGGCUAAUCACUAAUUAGGGUCACAAGCAUAUUAAUUUCCUCAAGAUAUGCGUUCAGAAUUAGUAAAUGUUUCUGAAGCUGCAUGUGUGAGCUCUGGCCUAUUUGCUUUCCACAUAUAGUUAAGAAUAAUAAAUCAGCCUUUCAGAAAGAGAAUUUUUCUUUUGUUCAGCCACAAAGUAAGCAUUUUAAUCUCCUGCAGUUAUUGAGAAUUAUGCCUUUUUACCCAAGAGCCGAGUUUCUAAUUUUGAGCAAUUUAUUUUUCAGGCUUUCAGAAAUACAGCAAACUAGAUCUGAACUAGUGUAUUCAGUUUAUGCUUUGAAGUAAGACGAAAUUCAGUUUGUAGUGAAAAAUCUUUGAUGUUUAUCUUGGAAGUCUAAAUUCAGGUGAACAGACCAAUUUAGUGAGUUCCACUAGAUACUUGGUAGACACUUUCUUCCUGCUGUAUAUUUUGGCCUUACAUUGAGGAUUUUGAUUUAUUAUUAAAUUAUUUGUGUAUGCAGACUUUAAAUUUAUAAUCUGUACGUAUUUUACUUUGAUAUAUUAGAAUUUGUAAAUAUUACUGAUUUUUAAAUAUUAUUUAUGCACAUACUUAAAGGACUGGUCAACCCAGAAAAAAAUGCUAAAUAAUAAAUGUUACUUCUAAAAAUAAAUUGCAGGAUCAUUAAAUUGUCUAUCCCUCAGGGUUAUUUUAAAAAUUUUUUCCUUCCCUUUGGAUUUAAUUAGCAGUAACUGUAGUUUCAUGUGCUAUAAAACUAAAUCCACUGUUUUAAAAAAAAAAAAAAAAAGAAAAAAAACCCUGCAAAUAAUGCUUGAGCAGAAAUGAAUAAAACACCCAAAAAACUGUCCAUAUUCAUUGUAACUUUAAAUUGGAAACUUCUGCUGUUGCACUUUAAAGGAGAGAAAAAAAAAAAAAAAAGAAAAAAAAAAGUUAGGUUUUUAAUUCUAUUUAUUUUUCUUCAUGAAGAUUGUGCUGAACAGUCAUCCCAAACUGGGUAAAUGAUCCUGUGCUGUAUAGGUAUAUACAGUGUCGUACCAAGCAGACGUGGAGUCCUUUUUUUAUGCUGCAAGUUUUUAACGCUUAUGUUGGUCAUCACAAAAUGCAAGAGUUGAAGUUCUGUAGGAUUUCUCCCCUGAAAUUCUGGACUGUAAACUUAGGUUUUGUAUGUUUAAGGGAAAGCUUGUGGGGUUUUGACAAUUUUUAAAGUCUUGAAUAUGUUGAUUUUAUACAGUAAAGCUUCAAGUUUUUACAGCUAUUUUCAACAAACUGCAGCUUGUUUGAUAAUUAUGUGAACCCGAAACUACUCACUUUGUGAAUUCCUCAAUCCUAACAGAUUAAAAGGCAUUACAGUGCUCUCUAGAAGCUCAACUUCCUUUUUAUUUUUAAAUUCAAAAUGAUAAUACAUCUUUAUUUAAAACAUGCAUUGCUGCUCUAGAAUGGUACCCUGUUGUCAAAAGGCAUACGUAAAUAACUGUACAAUAGAAUUGUAAAUAGUCUUGUAAAUCAUUUUUGUGACUGAAGCUCUUUGAAAUAAAAUUAAAAUGAACAGAUUCUA